GUAAAUUAUAGAGACGUACAUAAGUUGCUAGAUCGCCUUAUCAACAGAUAUUUACGUACACUAUUGACUGAUUAUGAAUCAGUUUCUUCAGUCCAAUUUGGAAGGUCAAUUGCUCGAGUGACAAAAAAGUAAGACAUCUGAUGCGGAAGGUGGUGUUGAUUUUCUUGUUGUAAGGAAAUUCGUCUGGCAAAUUAACGUAGAUAUUGACUCAGUACUUGUAACACCCGAUCAUUUAAACACCGACACCUUCCCGAAAACAAAAUGUUUGAUAUAUGGAUUGUCAUAGCAACGUUGUUUGUAGCAGAUGAAGUUAUUGAAGGUCAGCGAUGUUUUGGAUCGAGGUGUGGUGAUUGCUUGAUGAAUGAACGGUGUUUGUGGUGCAAGGACCAGGUUUUUUAUGCUCAACGUUGUGGAAGUUAUUUGGAGUUAAAUGUUUCCGGUUGUAAAGAAGUUGUACAAAGAAAAUCCCACACAGUUGAGAUACUUGAGAACAAAGAAUUUUCUGAUGGGGGUCCGGGACUUGAUCCAAUUCAAAUAAAACCACAAAGAAUUAAAAUCAGACUGGUACCAAACAGUGUACGCCAUUAUGUGAUGUUACAUUACAAGGUUGCACGAAACUUUCCACUUGAUCUUUACUUUCUUCACGAUCCUUCUAAAUCAAUGGAGAAUCUAAUAACAAGCCUCACUCAAUUAACAAAUGAUAUAGCAAAUGAAAUAUCAAAUAUCACAACAGAUUUUAGGUUUGGACUCGGAACUGCCAUGGACAAAGUUAUUAGUCCCUUUGUUCGCAGAGACCCUAAGUAUUUAAUCGAUCCCUGCGGUACACCACACAUUUAUUGCGACCAUCCGUAUUCCUUUUUACAUCGACAGUCUCUCACAGCUGAUACAGAUGCGUUUAAGGCUGCAUUAGGUAAAGUAAAUCGCACUGGCAAUCAAGAUAUAGUAGAGGGUCUUUUUGACGGGCUGAUGCAGGUCAUGGUAUGUGGGGAUAAGAUAGGCUGGAGAAGAAAAGCUAGACGGAUGGUUGUGUACGCGACAGAUGUUAACUUCCACCAGGCGGGGGACGGUCGGACAGCAGGGAUAUUGGAACCAAACGAUGGUUUAUGUCAUCUUGACGAUAAAGGAUACUAUACAAAGGCAGAAAUACAGGAUUAUCCCUCUGUCGGCCAAAUCAUUCAGAAGGCCCGGGAUAACAACGUCAAUGUUAUAUUUGUGAUUGGAGGGAAGGAAAGUGGUAUAAUGAGGUCUUACUAUUACGAUGAACUGGCCAGACAUUUACCAGGCAACAUCCACAAUGCCUCGGCUUUGUCUAACGACUCAAACAACAUACUGGAUAUCAUUCGUGAGAAUUAUCGGAAAUUGCGUGAAACCGUGAAACUAUCGACCGACGGAGUUCCUGAAGAACUUGUUCUAGGAUUUUACAGUAAUUGUGGAACGGGGAGACAGAUUGAUCAGACUAACAUGUGUGAGAGGCUUAAUUUUGAAACAUGGGUUAAUUUUACAAUAGCUUUUCAAUCGAAUAUGACCACCUGUCCGUCACAGAGAUCCUUUAACAUGACAAUAUUCCCCGAGGGCCUGGAGGAUCGGGUACGGAUAGAAGUUGAACAUGAGUGUGAAUGUGACUGUCAGCGGGAGCCAGAGGCGGAACCUAAUAGUACGAACUGUAACCAGAGAGGGACCUACGAGUGCGGGGUGUGUCACUGUAAUAAGGGGUGGUCAGGUGACAGCUGUGAGUGUGACGAGAGAUUGCCAGAGGCGGAGGUCUGUGGAACAGAGGCGGGAAUAUGUAACAAUGUGGGAAAUUGUACGUGCAGUAAAUGUCAAUGUUAUGAGGGAUACAGUGGUGAAAUGUGUGAAUGCAACGAUAGGAACUGCCCUUACCACAACGGAAGCCUAUGUGGCGGCCCGGAUCAUGGGAACUGCUCUUGUGGAAAAUGUUUGUGUACUUCUGAGUUCUCCGGAGCUUCUUGUGACUGCCAAACGUCUAAAGAAAGUUGCAGGGAUCAUAACGGGACGAUGUGCUCAAACCAUGGGGUGUGUGAGUGUGGGAGGUGCCGCUGUGACGUAGGUUUCCGUGGAACACUGUGUGACACAUGUCUUGCUUGCCCAAUCUCUUGUGAGAAAAACUUCAACUGUGCACAGUGUGUUGGAUUCAACCAGGGACCAUUCAACAGUACGAUGUGCAGCAAGAGAUGCAAAAAUGUUGCUAUAGUCCCUUUAUUAAACAGUGAAGAUUUGGAUUCAAAUUUCACAAGAAACCAUAUAUCUUGCUUUCGUAAGGAUAUGUACGGAUGUCUUUUAUUCUUUGACGUGUAUGAUUCCGAUGAAGUAACAACAGUUCAUGUAAAGUCCUCAAAACGAUGUUCACCGAAACCAAUGGACCCCCUUACUAUAGGAAUAGGGAUUUCCGGGGCCGUCUUCCUUGCUGGAUUAAUUAUUAUUGUGAUAUGGAAGAUUCUAAUCUUAAUUUACGACAGAGCUGAAUAUUCAAAGUUUGAGGCUGAAAUCAAAGAUCCAGUUUGGGAAAAGUCUGAUAGUCCUAUCUACCACGGGUGUAUCACAACGGUACACAACCCGAUGAGUGACCUGAGCAACAACCUUUACCCAGAUAUUCAAAAAUAUCAAAACAAAAUCGAUAACACGCCGUUAGACUUUAUCGCGGACACAAAUCCCCAGGGACUCGAGGAUAUCGGAAUUAAUGAUAUUUUUUCAGACGAUCUGGGUCAGCUUUUGGACAGAAAAGCUAAAUCGGUUCACUUUGCUGAUGAUCAAAAAUAACAAUUUACGAUAUCACAAGGGACAGUGAAAUGAAUAACAAUUUCGCUUUUUUACAUAAGAAUAUGAUAUAUAUUUAUUGCAAACAAUGGUUUGAAAAGUCGCUGAGCUAUGUCGAAAAAGAAACCCAAGACAAAAUAUAUUGUAUCAUUAUUUGAUUUUUUUGUGUGUACAAAUAUGACUGAUGAUACUGACAUAGCAUGCUGUUAUUUAAGCAUGAUGUUUAUAACUGAAUGGCAUUUUCGACCGAGUUAUAUGUCUUUAGCUUUUUAACAUGAACUAGAAUACUGUUUAAAAGUUACAAACACGCUUACUUAAGUAUGAAUAUACCACAAUAUAACCAUGUAUGAUUGAUAAAUUCGUUAAUUCCUAAUCCUCCAAAAAUGUUUUUGAAUAUAUAUAUAUA